AUGGGCUGCUCUCAGCCUACGGGUAGGACCAGCCAGGACGACCAGGCCAUAGACGUCAUCCCGCCGACCUCGCCGAGCGAGGAGGGGGACAGCCCGCGGACCCCGCGUAGGAGCGCGGCCCGCAGCUUCCACAGGGAGUACGCCCUGGAGGAGAGCCUCGGCGAGGGUUGCUUCGCCCGCGUUUACGCGUGCAGGAA